AUGGGUGUUUGGACGAAACUAACCUUUCUGCUGCCCUCGCUGCUUCUGCUGGUUGGCCUGGGGCAGCCCCUAUGGCCGGCUGCUGCAGCUCUGGGCCUGCGUUGGCUCCUGGGAGACCCCACGUGCUUUGUGUUGCUGGGCUUGGCGGUGCUGGGCAGAUCCUGGAUCUACUCGUGGAUGCCCCACUGGCUAAGCCUGGCAGGGGCAGCUCUCACGUUGUUCCUGUUGCCUGUACGGCCACCCCCGGGGCUACGUUGGCUGCACAAAGAUGCGGCCUUCACCUUCAAGACGCUGUUCUUUGCCAUGAAGCUCAGGCGACGCCUUAGCAGAAAUCCUCCAGAGACGUUUGUGGAUGCUUUAGAGCGGCAAGCGCGGGCGCGGCCUGACCAGGUGGCCUUGGUGUGCACCGGGUCUGAGGGCUGCUCAAUCACAAACAGCCAGCUGGACGCCAGGGCCUGCCAGGCGGCGUGGGCCCUGAAAGCCAAGCUGAAGGACGCCACCGUCCAGGAGGCAAGGGACCCGGCUGCUGUCUUAGCUCUCCCGGCCAAGACGAUUUCUGCUUUGAGUGUGUUGCUGGGGUUGGCCAAACUGGGCUGCCCUGUGGCCUGGAUCAAUCCACACAGCCGAGGGAUGCCCCUGCUACACUCUGUGCAGAGAUCUGGGGCCCGGGUGCUGAUUGUGGAUCCAGACCUCCAGGAGAACCUGGAAGAAAUCCUUCCGAAGCUGCUAGCUGAGAACAUCCGCUGCUUUUACCUUGGCCACAGCUCACCCACUCCGGGCGUAGAGGCUCUGGGAGCUGCCCUGGAUGCUGCGCCUUCGGACCCAGUACCUGCCAGCCUUCGAGCUAAGAUUAAGUGGAAAUCCCCUGCCUUAUUCAUCUUUACUUCAGGGACCACUGGACUUCCAAAGGCAGCCAUCCUGUCACACGAGCGAGUCAUACAAAUGUGCAGCAUGCUGUCCUUCUGUGGGUGCACAGCUGAUGAUGUCAUCUAUGAUGUCCUACCUCUGUACCACUCCAUGGGGCUUGUCCUUGGAGUCCUCGGCUGCUUACAACUUGGAGCCACCUGUGUCCUGACCCCCAAAUUCUCUGCCUCCCGAUUCUGGGCUGAGUGCCGGCAGCACGGUGUGACAGUGAUCCUGUACGUGGGCGAAAUCCUGCGAUACUUGUGUAGUGUCCCUGAGCAACCGGAAGACAAGAUUCAUACAGUGCGCUUGGCAAUGGGCAAUGGACUUCGGGCAAAUGUGUGGGAAAACUUCCAGCAACGCUUUGGUCCCAUCCGGAUCUGGGAGCUCUACGGAUCCACAGAGGGCAACGCGGGCUUUGUGAACUACGUGGGGCGCUGCGGGGCUGUGGGCAAGAUGAGCUGCUUCCUUCGCAUGCUGAUGCCUUUUGAGCUUGUACAGUUUGACCUAGAGACCGCACAGCCCGUGAGGGACAAGCAGGGUUUUUGCAUCCCUGUGGAGCCAGGAAAGCCAGGACUUCUUUUGACCAAGAUUCGAAAGAACCAACCCUUCCUGGGCUACCGUGGCUCCCAGGAGGAGACCAAGAAGAAACUGGUUGCGAACGUACGGCACGUAGGAGACCUGUACUUCAACACUGGAGAUGUGCUGGCUUUGGACCAGGAAGGCUUCUUCUACUUCCGAGACCGCCUUGGUGAUACCUUCCGGUGGAAGGGUGAAAAUGUCUCCACUGGAGAGGUGGAGGGUGUGCUGUCUAACGUAGACUUCCUAGAGGAAGUCAAUGUCUAUGGUGUGUCUGUGCCAGGGUGUGAGGGUAAGGUCGGCAUGGCUGCUGUGAAACUGGCUCCUGGGAAGGCUUUCGAUGGGCAGAAGCUAUACCAGCACGUCCGCUCCUGGCUCCCCGCCUACGCCACGCCUCAUUUCAUCCGCAUCCAGGACUCCCUGGAGCUCACAAACACCUACAAGCUACUGAAGUCACGACUGGUGCGUGAGGGCUUUGACGUGGGGAUCAUUGCUGACCCCCUCUACAUACUGGACAACAAGGCCCAGACCUUCCGGAGUCUGACGCCGGACAUGUACCAGGCUGUGUGUGAAGGAACCUGGAAGCUCUGACGACCACCUAGCCAGCUGGAAGGCUAUCCAAAAGUGUGGAGAUCAACACUAACUUCACAAAGUUGUCAGGGUUCCAGAUGCCCGUGACCCAGUAGAACUUAGAGAAUAAAUUUG